AUGUGGCUCCUGGAGAACGAGGGCGAAGCUCUCGAUGGUAAACGACUUUGGCUACGGCCGGGAAAGCGGUAUCUCUUUGGAAGAACGGUUGCCGAACCUGGACAACUCGCCAUCAAAGGCCAGGGGUCGGAAAAAGUAUCUCGGAAACACCUCACCAUCCGGGUCAACAAGGUGGCCGAGGGAGACGGGGAACUUACGUCCCGUCGUUCGCGCGUCACUGUCGAAGACCUCGGCUCCAAGGGCGGAACUUGGGUAAACGAUGAGAAGAUCAAGGGCGACCAACGUGUUCUCUCGAGAGAUAUCAACACGAUACAGAUGGGCUCGUUCCUUUCUAAAUUCUAUAUCACUUGGUUCCCGGUAGUAUUGAGCUUCUCCUUCACUGCCAGCGAACUCCUGGCCGAUCCAUUCUCUAAGCUUCGGCAAGACCUCGAGCAGUUAGACGUCAAGUUUCUCCUCGAUUACGAUGUCCAAUCGACCACGCAUGCUGUAUCCAGAAAAAGAAACACCCCAAACGGCUUGCAAGCUCUUGUGAAUGGUCGAUAUAUCGUCACCAAGGAAUUCCUUGGUGCCAUAAUUUCCGCCGCGGCCGUACCCGAGGGUGAUGGCGACGGUGUGGCUCCCUGCCCGUUGGAGAGCGAUUUUGAUGCGCACUGGCCCGAUGCUGUACAAUUUCUGCCACCGCCUGGGGACGAGCCGGUGCCGAGGCCUGUCGAGGCUUUCGCCCCUAACCCUGGCCGCAUGGAGAUAUUCCACGGCUACACGUUCAUAUUCUACAACAAAAGGCAAUACGAUAACCUCCUAGGGCCCAUCACAAGCGGUAGAGGAAAAGCCCUGCUAUGUGAGGUUACGGAAGGAGAGACGCAGGUUGACGACUUUAUUAGGUACGUGAAGACGAUUGCAGGAGAGAAGGGCUUGGGGGAGUUUGAGGAUGGGAGCGAAGGCAAGGGCGUGGUUGUGGUCCGGUGGAUUCCCAACCCCCCUGAAACUGCCGACUGGUUCACCAACUUCUAUACGUCGGUCUCAUUGAGGCUAGACCAUCGACUGAUCGACCAGAAAGAAUUCCUGGAUGCUAUCCUUAACAAUGACAGUAGCGGCCUACGGCGACCUCUGGAAGUCGAGAGAGAAACCCGCGAAUCGCCAGCCGAGACACAGCCUUUGGCUCGGCAGCAGGUCAGAGGCGUGGACGGGAAUGAGUUGUCUAUCCGGACUCCGCGACCGCCGCCUCAAAGACGCCUUAGGGGAGCUAUCAAGAGCCGUUUCAAGGGAUUCGGCGUUGAUUUAGACCAUGAGGCUUCACCGACAAAUGCUUCGGUCGCCUCGAUAGCACCGGUGGUGAAUGCAGAAGCGUCGCAGGAAGAAGGUCUUUUCGUGUCACAAGAUGUCGCGUCAGAGCCAGAGGAAGUAAUCCCGGCUAGCCCCCAACGGCAGCGGAAACGGCGCACUCCCGCUCCACCUGAGAUCGAUGAUACGAUGGCCGAUUUUGCACCGACAGCCACAAAAGUAAAGCGUCGUCGCAUUGCCGCUGGUGAAGAUCCGGUUCCUCAAAAGCCGACAGCACUGGCGCCUGCCGUCACGGAGGCACAAACCACUAAUAUCAAGGUCCCCAAGGUCAAGAAGGAGAUUGACAUUCUCGACUUGGCGCGACAGCACCGAGAAGAAGCCGAGGCUCGAGCAAAGGCCGAGAGGGAAGAACUCGCUACGGUGCCCGAAGGUCUCGACUUGGCAGAGAUCCGCCGUCUUCAUAUCGAAGUGCCGAUGGAAUUACGACAGGCGCUGCCAAUGCGCACUCGGGAGCGAGAUAUAGCGGAUGGCCGUUGGGAUCCCGCUUGGAACGGCCGCAAGAAUUUCAAGAAAUUCCAUCAGCGGGGGGCGGUUCAGGGACGGCCGCUACAGAAGAUUAUCGUAGGGCUCGAAAGUGUUAAGAUGAAAGGCUUUGGGAUCGGCGAGGACUACUGGCUCGAGGACGACAGCCAGCGGCAGAAGCGAAGGAGACAGACCCAGAGGCAAAGUUCGGGUUGGAGUAUGGGCACGGAUGGACAGGAGGAUACUGGACGAGGUGCCGCGAACGGACGUGAAAUGCGCAGGCAGACAGCGCACCAGCCCGGAUCCCUCUCCCAAGGUGGUGGCGGUAACGACGAGCAUAGCAAUAGAUCUGACGACGAUGCCUCUAUUGCGACUCCUCUAUCAGGCACACGGGUAAGCGCGUUGUCCGAACGGAGCACCCAACCACGGCCGCUACGAGUACGCACGGCGACGCAAAAUACCUCGCAGAACCCAUGGCCUUCGAGGGUCAGCAAACGGGCGGCCCCGCCAACUGAGGAGCACACAGCGAAGAGGCCUCGAGUUCUGUCUCUGCCCGUUAGUGACGAUGAUAGCGAUGACGAACUGCGGUUUAGGUUUGGGAAGAGGUGA